AUGCAAAGCACUCUCUGUCAGUCUUGCUGGGGGGCGGGUGGGCAGGGAGGGGCUGGGGCAGGCUCUCUCCUCUCUCUCUGGUCGGCCGGCCGCAAGGCUCUCCCUCCCCCUGGAUGGGGGCAGGAGGCUUACGGGGUCGGCGCUUCUGGUCUGGUAAAUAUAUAUGAUGUGUUGUUUCGUUUUGGGUUUUUUUUCUUUUUUAACUUUGUGGAGGGAACAGUGGAUCCUCAGCAAAACAGGCCCCCUCCAAGCCCUAGAAACGGCACCCCCACCCCACCACCCACCCCUUCUCCCCCGAGGUCCCUUCAAGGCCUCCCACAUCCAGGCCAAAGCCCAACGUGCCUUGUCCAGGAACAGCCGAGCCUGCGAAGGGCCCUGCAGGGGGUGCCCAGGCCGCCCGGCAGGAAAGAGGACCUGCCUGCUCCGUCUCGCCUCCCCUCCAACUUGGCGUCACCAGGACGUGAGGGGCUUCAGUCCCCCUCUCUUCUGCGAUAG